AAAUAUGACACCAGCUGCUCUUCUGCCAGCUCCGAGCUCGUGCUUCUUUCCAAACGACUCCGUGAUCAUUUGCAUUACAUAUCAAGCAACUGGAAAAUACAUGUUUCAUUUUUACAAGUGGAUUCCUUGCAUAAACAACUGAUCAAAAACAAAUUUGCUGUGUGUGUGUAUGCAGAAAUCGGCGUGUGUUUUAUACCUAAACAUUUUUGCAUUUGGGGUCAGUUUGAGAACGUUUGGUUGAAUUUUUCCUAGUCAUCAGUUUUCGUAAAGAAAAUUGGGAAUUGUUUAAACCGAAACCGGCUUUCAAAGGGGAGCGCGUAAAGUUCACGUUUGGAGUUACAGUACGCGUUACGCGUUUUCUUGCUGAUGUGAGUAAGGACUGCGUCAACAUCCGCAAAAACUCUUCUUCUUUGUGUGCAUCCUUUCCUCCGGAUCUCAGCAAAGUCUCCCUUUAAAGCUUCAUAUUUGGGAUAAUGUGAAUGGCCGUUUGCUACAUCGAGGAUUGAUCAUUUUGCAACAGGAAAGGAUGGCAAGUUUCACAGCAAAACUGUGUCUUUGCGUACUUUUCUUUGGACUUUUGCUGUUCACGUUUCGCUCUGCCAACGCUGAAGAAGAUGCGGAGGAGGAGAGAUCUUGUCAGGGCGCUUUUGACUUGUAUUUUGUCCUUGACAAGUCAGGCAGUGUCAAGCACCACUGGCAUGAGAUUUACUCUUUUGUUGAACAUUUGGCUGAGAAGUUCACAAGCCCAAUGCUGCGAAUGUCCUUUAUUGUGUUCUCAAGCAGAGGAACCACAAUCAUGAAACUCACUGAAAACAGGGAGACUAUAAGGAAAGGCCUUAAUUCUUUAAAACGAGAGAUCCCAGGUGGAGAUACAUUUAUGCACCUUGGUUUAGAAAAGGCAAAUGAGCAAAUAAACCAGGGGCACUUUGGAACUGCAAGUGUCAUAAUUGCAUUGACGGAUGGUGAGCUGCAGGAACAUCAGCUGGUUGCAGCUCAACAAGAGGCAGCACGAGCUCGGACGUUGGGUGCAAUUGUUUAUUGUGUUGGAGUUAAAGACUUCAAUGAGACACAGCUGGCUACCAUAGCAGACACCAGUAAGCAUGUGUUUCCUGUUCUGGGAGGUUUCCAAGCCCUGAGAGGAAUGAUUGACUCGAUCAUCAAAAAAUCCUGCAUUGAGAUCCUUGCUGCCGAACCAUCAAGUGUAUGUGCUGGAGAGUCAUUUCAAGUGGUGGUGAGAGGUAACGGAUUUCGACAUGCCAGAAACAUAGACCAGGUCCUGUGCAGCUUCAAAAUCAAUGACACAGACACGCUCAAUUUUAAGCCUGCGACCGUGGAAGACACUUUCUUGCUGUGUCCAGCGCCUGUUAUAGAUGAAGUUGGAAAGGUGGUGUACCUGCAGGUCAGCAUGAACGAGGGUCUGUCAUUUAUCACCAGCUCCGUACACAUAACCACAACAGAGUGUUUUGAUGGCACCAUCCUCUUGAUCACUCUUCUUGUGUUAUUUCUGUUAUUGGCUCUGUUGUUCAUGUGGUGGUUUUGGCCGCUUUGCUGCACUGUAGUGAUCAAAGAGCCGCCUCCUCCUCCACCUCCAGAGCCAGAAUCAGACGAUGAGGAUGGAAUGCCAAAAAAGAAGUGGCCCACCGUAGAUGCUUCAUAUUAUGGUGGUCGAGGAGUUGGAGGAAUUAAAAGAAUGGAGGUUCGCUGGGGAGGGAAAGGAUCAACUGAAGAAGGUGCUAAACUUGAAAAGCCCAAGAAUGCUGUGAUAAAGAUGCCUGAGCAGGAGUUUGAGCCGUUUGAACCCAAACCCAGAAAGUCAGAAGGCAGGAGGCAAGCUCAAGACAGAAAGUGGUAUUCUCCCAUUAGGGGUAAACUCGAUGCAAUUCUGGCUCUUUUCCGCCGUGGAUACGACCAAGUUUCACUUAUGAGACCUCAACCAGGAGAUCACGGCCGAUGCAUCAACUUCACAAGAGUGAAAGAGGAGGCGGCCAAAGCCCCUCCGAGAGCUCAAAGUCCACCUCCACCCCCGCCAGACUAUCGUCCGGUUCCCAGCCCAGUCACCCCCCCUCCAAACAGCCCACCCCCAAGAGGACCGCCUCUGGCUCAAACUCCGCCUGGUCCACCACCUGCCCGACUACCCCCGGGACCACCCUGUCCACCUCCGGCACGCCCCCCGCCCAACCUCAAUGGCAAACCUUGAGAUAAAAAUGCAGCCCCUCCCCUUGCAGUGCAAUUCACAGCCAAAUAAAUCGCUUCUCUCGCCAAAGGAUAACAAAAAUAUGCACAUGGUAUUUAUCAGUCAAGUUAGAUUACGAAUCACGAUGUGUUGUGUAGUUUGUUGCUGGGCAGCAAAAAUUGUAAAAAAGCAAUCUCUGUAAGUAAAUAACUGUUGUGACAAAAAAUUCAACUACUGAGUUUUCCAUAAGCAGAUAAUUAAAGAUCAUUUUUCGUAUUUCACAAUGACUGAAAUACACCUUUGUAUCCAGGCUGGAGAGCUUGUGCUUGUUUAAAGGAAUGUGUUUUUAAGAUUAUGUUCGAUUUAACUUGAACACAAGAAUAAUCCCAUGAUAUCAGCAAAAGAUGCCAACAUUUCUCAAAUAACCAGUAUUAGAUGUUAUGUUAUACUCUACAGCAUCAUGUGCCUUGUGCUUUUAUUUUGUUUUAUUUCUCACAAAAAUUGUUUAGAGAUUUUACAGUCAGGUUGCAAUCUCUCUCAGGUGAGUCUUUGGUCAAAGAAAGUGGGACAGAUGUUAAAAUGUAAGUAAUGAGAAUGUGCAACGGCUGUUUAGCAUCACAAUUAAAUGUCUUUGUAAGUUCUUUCAUUUAAGGCAAAUGACUCAAAUUGCUGGACUUUUAGAAAGUGGUAAGAAUGGUUUAAAUGUUAUUACAUAGCUUUACCUGGGUGAAUUUCAGAGAAAGUUGACCAGGUCACAUGACACCCCAAAUGUAAAUAUAUUUUAUUUCAAUUUAAAUACCAUAUACUUUUUAUAUCAUUUUGUACCAAACAUGGAAAAGAGACAUUUGGGCAUUAUGGUGAAAAUAAAUUGGAGAGGAUAUAAACCUAUUGGGUGGUUAUUUAACAUAUGCUGGAUUGUUUUAAACAAUUGUUGGGUCAAAUAUAAAUAAAAAAAAUAUUUUGAUAAAUUUAACCCAACGCCUGGGUUUGUCUCUUUUUGACCCAACCCAGCAUUUUAAAGAGUGUAGUGGUCAUAAAAAUGUCAGCAAACCAAAAUAUCAGUCAUUGUCUUUAAACCUAAUGUUUUAUUUUCUUCUGAUAUCGGUGUAAAAUGAGCUUGACAUGUUUUUUGAAAUUCACCUCAUCUGUUUACCUGUAAUGUUUGUCGUACAGGUUGAACCUCUAGGUUGAAAGUCAGGUCAUGUUUUUUGUAUUUCACACCUGUACUGUAUGUUAAUAUUCAUCUACAUUUCACCAUUGAACAUAAUUGCAACUGCAGGGCAGUUCACAGCAUCUAAUUUAUUAUCCCCACGCCUGAACGAAGGUACUUGAAUACGACAAGGUGUCCUCUUUUUAAAACUGGAUACUGUGCAUGAAGCCAAAUAUAGAAAAUGAAAAAAAUCACAUCAGAUAUCAACCAGUGCCUUCGGUUUGUACGUUUUUUUUUUUUAAUAACCUUUCUUUUGUACUUCAUUCAAGUAUGAUACAGUAGCACUGUUUAUACAUUGUUUUAUUUUCCCGUUCAUGUAGUUUUGCAAUCAAUAAGCAAUAAGUGCUCAGCUGUGAACAAGCAAAAAUUUUCAACUCACUCACAAGAAAGGCAUUAUAUGCGACGAUUGCAGUAUAAUGCUGUUGGAUAUAGGCAUUUUCAAUUGGAUUUUUUUUUUGUGGCAUCUGAAACAUUGAUUUGUAGUAUUUCAGAAACACAAAACAUUGAAACCAGAAUUAUAAAUUCUCAUUAAUAUUGCGUUACAAUGUAUUAACAACAAUACUGAAGCAUCUAUUGAAAGGCUCAUAAAUGUUUACUUUUUCCACAGUAUCAAUAAAGGUUGACUUUCAAGCUUU